AUGAACAAUUCCGAACAAGCCUCAUCUUCCAUCUCACACGAAGAGAAUGAACCACAAAAUACAUCAUCAUCAUCGGAUGUGCUAGAGGGUACCUCGGGGUGUGAUACACGUGUGGUGUUUACGGUACAGAAUAGUUAUGUACCUACUGAUAGCGAGUUGGAUGUUUGUGAUAACCCUCUUUCAACCCGAUAUGCAAGCAAAGAGAUGAGUUUCAACUUCUCUCCAAAGAAGAAAUUUUCUACUUGGCGUGAAUUGUGGUUUGCUUUGGCUGUGGAGGAAAAGGCUUUAGGAUUAACUCAAAUUACUGAUGAACAAAUUAAUGAAAUGAAAGAUCAUUUGAUUAUUACCGAUAAGGAAAUAGAAGAUGCUGCACAAUAUGAGAAAAAGUUUAGACAUGAUGUCAUGUCCCACGUACAUUGUUUUGGAGAUGCAUGUCCAACUGCAAGACCAAUAAUUCAUCUUGGAGCUACUAGCUGUUUUGUUGGAGACAACACAGAUCUCAUUCAAAUGAGAGACGGCUUAAAAAUCGUUCAAAGCAAAAUGUUACGUGUCAUGCAAUUAUUGAAGAAUUUCUGCCUAAAAAACAAGGACUUACCAUGUCUUGGAUUUACUCAUUUUCAAGCUGCUCAGUUGACAACUGUUGGAAAAAGAGGUACUCUGUGGCUCCAAGAUUUCUUGCUUGACUAUCAGCAACUUGUUCAUCAAUUAGAAAAUCUCCCAUUCAGAGGAGUUAAAGGAACCACUGGUACUCAAGCCAGCUUCCUUCAUUUAUUCAAUGGUAAUCAUGAGCUAGUUAAAGAACUAGACAGAAAAGUAACAUCAAGAAUGGGAUUUUCCAAGUCCAUUCCUGUCAGCGGACAAACAUAUACAAGAAAAAUUGAUUUUCAAGUCUUGAGUGUCUUAUCACAAAUUGCCCAAUCUGCUCACAAGUUUGCCACCGAUAUUCGCUUGUUGAUGAGCUUGAAAGAGGUAGAUGAGCCUUUUGAAAAAAAUCAAAUUGGAUCAAGUGCUAUGGCCUAUAAGAGAAAUCCAAUGAGAUGCGAGCGAGUUUGCUCAAUUGCCAGAUUUGUCAUGUCACUUCUUUCAAAUGCUGCUCAUACUCACGCCAAUCAAUGGUUUGAAAGAACUUUGGACGACAGUGCAAAUAGAAGACUGAGUAUUUCACAGGCAUUCCUUGCAGUGGAUGGUAUCUUGAACAUUGUAGCCAACGUAUGUGAUGGAUUGGUUGUGUGGCCUCUUGUUAUUGAAAAACAUGUGAUGGAUGAACUCCCAUUCAUGGCAACCGAAAAUAUUUUGAUGGCAGCAGUAAAGGCUGGAGGUGACAGACAGGUCUUGCACGAAGUUAUUCGUGUUCACUCACUUGAAGCUGCAAGAAGAGUGAAAGAAGAAGGUGCAUCCAAUGAUCUUUUACAUAGAUUGGUCAAUGAUGAGGCUUUUAAAGGAGUACUCUCUGAGGAAAAGAUUAAGGAAAUGACCAACCCAAAGCUCUAUAUUGGAAGAGCAAAUGUACAAACAGAAGAGUUUAUUGCCGAGGAGAUAGAUCCAAUUUUAACACAAGAUGCACAUCUCGUUGCAUCCUCCACCUCUCAGCUCAAAGUUUAA